AAAGUGUCUGUGCGUCCCUUGUCAAGCAGCGGGCAGCAGCCAGGAGGGAGGGGGCGAUGCACAGGAUUUGAAGGUAGGCACUCGCUGCAAGUUGACUACUACUUGCCCUGCCGAGCCUAUUUCUCUUUCGGUGCCUGCCCAUUGCCGAGGACCCGUAGCUGGAAUGACCCUGUCAGGCAGCAGCAGUGCCAGCGACAUGUCCGGCCAGACCGUGCUGAGCGCCGACGAUGCGGACAUCGAUGUGGUGGGCGAGGGGGACGAGCCGCUGGACAAGGACAGUGAGUGCGGGAGCCCAGCCGGGCAUGCGGAGGAAGCGGACGAACUCGGGGGCAAGGAGAUAGCCAGGAGCCCCUCGGGCAGUGCCAAUGAGGCAGAGGGCAAGGGCGAGAGCCAGCAGCAGGAGGGCAUGCAGAACAAGCCCAAGAACAGCCUGGUGAAGCCCCCCUACUCCUACAUCGCGCUGAUCACCAUGGCCAUCCUGCAGAGCCCCCAGAAGAAGCUCACCCUGAGCGGCAUCUGUGAGUUCAUCAGCAACCGCUUCCCCUACUAUCGGGAGAAGUUCCCGGCCUGGCAGAACUCCAUCCGCCACAAUCUCUCGCUUAAUGACUGCUUCGUCAAAAUCCCCCGGGAGCCCGGAAACCCAGGCAAGGGAAACUACUGGACCCUGGACCCCCAGUCCGAGGACAUGUUCGACAAUGGCAGUUUCCUCAGGAGAAGGAAGCGCUUUAAGAGACAACAGCCGGACUCAUUGAGGGAGCAGACGGCUCUCAUGAUGCAAAGCUUUGGGGCUUACAGCCUGGCCGGUCCCUAUGGGCGCCCCUAUGGGCUCCACCCUGCAGCCUACACUCACCCUGCUGCCCUGCAGUAUCCUUACAUCCCCCCGGUGGGGCCCAUGUUACCCCCGGCGGUGCCACUUCUGCCUUCCUCUGAACUGAGCAGGAAAGCCUUCAGCUCGCAGCUCAGCCCCAGCCUCCAGCUGCAGCUCAGCAGCCUCAGCAGUACCGCAGCCUCCAUCAUUAAGUCUGAGCCCAGCAGCCGACCCUCCUUCAGCAUAGAGAACAUUAUUGGGGUAUCGGCAGCCUCCUCGAUAGCACCCCAGACUUUCCUGCGACCCCCAGUGACAGUGCAGUCAGCCCUUAUGAGCCACCAGCCCCUGGCCCUUAGUAGGAGCACAGCAGCCAUUGGCCCAAUCUUAAGUGUCCCCACAAACCUCAUCUCUGGACAGUUCUUACCUACAGCAGCGGCUGCAGUAGCCAAAUGGCCAGCGCAAUAAUCUCUGGGGCAAUCACAGACUAGCAAUUUGCAAACCAGCUUCUUUUACUAAAAGCCAAGACUGAAGACUCUGAUUGAACUUUUCUUGUUAAACUGUACAAAUCUGGAAUGCAUUCUGUGCAGGUAACACGUCGACUAUUUGUACAUAUUUCUAUUGGAAAAAGAGAAUUGAUCGAGUUUACGUAAUGGGUUUUUAUUUUUUUAAGAAAAAAAUCUGUAGAUUAGACUACUGAGCUUUCAGUUUUUUUGAAGGCUUACUAUCCCUUUAUCACAAAUGUACAAAGGAAAUUAAAUUUUAAAUAUUACAUUUUCAAAUAAAUAAAAAAUGUCAUUAUAUUAAAAAAGUCUGUUUAUAUAUGAAUGAAUAUAUAUGUAUUAUAAAUGUUAUUCCAUCGUGUUGUACACAGUUUUGUAAAUAAAUUUUUUAAAAUGG